GUUUGAGGUAGACAGUCAAAAGUGGUAGAUGAUAGUUAAUAAUAGUAUUUUUUGAUUGAUAUGAAAUAAAGAAAAUUAUAUAGUUAUAAUUAAGUAGGAAGGGAGUAAUUAUUUUGACAAGAAUAAAGGUAGGAAAAGUUGGUUGAAUGUUGGUGGCGUCCAUUUGUCCUCUGAAUUGAAUGAAUGAAUGAAUGAAGAAAGGUGAAUUUGAAGUGAAGAAGGAAGAGUUUUGUGUGUGUUAUUAUUAUUAGGCGGUGAUUUCUACAUAUCGAGAGAGUACCCCCAAUCUUGUUUCCUCCGCCCUCUUUUCUCUUUGUUCGUUCGUAUUGACACUCUAAAUAACCUCUUUUUCUCUUUCUCUCUUUCCAUUCCUAUUUCACAAAUCACAAAACAAUGUCUCUCUCCACCCCCAAGGUUUCUGCACAACUUCUCCCUCUUCCUCUCAGAUCCAAUGCCAACCCUAUUAUUCCUUCUUCUCAAUUCACUCCCUUCUUCGGAUCCACUCUCAAAUCUCGCUUCAAUGCUCCCAUUCACCUUUCUUCUCCUCCUCGCUCCAUCGUUGCCUCCGUCUCUGAUGCUCUCAAACUCAACAACAACAACCUCACUUCACCCUCCAAUUUGCUUAUUACGAAAGAGGAAGGUUUGGUGCUCUAUGAAGAUAUGAUAUUAGGAAGAACAUUUGAAGACAUGUGUGCCCAGAUGUAUUACAGAGGCAAAAUGUUUGGUUUCGUUCACUUGUACAAUGGCCAAGAAGCUAUCUCAACUGGCUUUAUCAAGCUUCUUAAGAAAGAAGACUCUGUAGUGAGCACCUAUCGAGACCAUGUUCAUGCACUAAGUAAAGGGGUUCCGGCUCGUGCUGUCAUGAGUGAGCUGUUUGGAAAGGCCACUGGAUGCUGCCGGGGUCAAGGUGGUUCUAUGCACAUGUUCUCAAAGGAGCACAAUGUGAUUGGUGGGUUUGCUUUUAUUGGCGAAGGAAUUCCUGUGGCCACUGGGGCAGCUUUUUCUAGUAAGUAUAGAAGAGAGGUGUUGAAAGAGGCAGAUGCUGAUUAUGUGACAUUGGCAUUUUUUGGAGAUGGAACAUGUAAUAAUGGACAGUUCUAUGAAUGCUUAAACAUGGCAGCCUUAUGGAAAUUGCCAAUUGUGUUUGUGGUGGAAAACAAUUUGUGGGCUAUUGGGAUGUCACAUAUCAGGGCAACUUCAGAUCCUGAGAUAUGGAAGAAAGGUCCAGCAUUUGGAAUGCCGGGGGUUCAUGUCGACGGGAUGGAUGUUUUGAAGGUACGAGAAGUCGCAAAGGAAGCAAUAGGGAGAGCUAGGCGAGGAGAGGGACCAAGUUUGAUAGAAUGUGAGACCUAUAGAUUUAGAGGACAUUCAUUGGCUGAUCCUGAUGAGCUCCGUGACCCUGCUGAGAAGGCACACUAUGCUGGUAGGGAUCCCAUCUCUACACUGAAGAAAUACAUGCUUGAGAACAAAUUAGCCAGUGAACAGGAGUUGAAAACCAUAGAGAAGAAGAUUGAUGAGAUCAUUGAGGAGGCUGUUGAGUUUGCUGAUGAGAGCCCGGUUCCACCACGCAGCCAGCUUUUGGAGAAUGUCUUUGCUGAUCCAAAAGGUUUUGGAAUUGGACCUGAUGGCAGGUACAGAUGUGAGGACCCAAAAUUCACUGAAGGCACAGCUCAGGUCUAAUCUUUUCAAGUCUGGCAUUUAUCUGCUUGGAGUUUUCAGUUUCGGAUUCGUGUUCUUUUUUAUAUACUUAAAAUAGAGAUCAAAUGUUAAUCAGAAAAUGUAUUACCCUUUAUAAAUUUUAAGCAGGUUUGUUCUUUAGGAUGGUUUUUUUCUCCUUCUCUAAUAUUUAUCAUUGUUUUUUAAACUGGUGUCAGCAAUGAAAAUCCAUAAAAGUUAGUUGCCUUGUGCAGAUUCUAUAGCCUCUGCACUGUAAAAUUUUAUUCCUGUAGUUCCUGAAAUAGGCAUUUUAAUACAUUUUGUUCCUUAUGACUGUC